AUGGAUGGAUUCGGAGGUAACUUUUUUGAUUCAUACUCCGGCAACUCAGGAAGGGAGUCAAACCAAUACUUCGAUCCAUACUUUGUCAAGCACCGGAAGAGGACGACAAAGACACAGCUCAAGAUUCUUGAGCAGACGUUUGAAACAAACAUACGACCUGAUGCAGGCAUGCGGAAGAAGCUUGGCGAGCAGCUGGGAAUGACGCCCAGGAGUGUUCAAGUCUGGUUCCAGAACCGAAGGGCAAAGAUAAAAAAGCUGAUGCAGAAGAAAAUGAUCCAUCAGGAAAACACUGACAACACCAAGGACUCAGAAAGCAACCACGACUCGGGAAUGCCUGAUGAUCGCAAGUAUGGAGAGUACUGUCCGUACACGUCUCAUCAGCGGAGAGGCGCUUCUGAAGAUUUUGCCGUGUAUCCAAUGGACAAUAGCAUUUACAAGCAUGCGGUGCCUCAGAAUACGCCAUCGUCAGUGAUGUAUGAGGGAUAUGGAUACCCAGGCCAGGAGGAGUAUGGAUACCCAUAUGCACAAAGAUACGGAAGUGGAGAGUACUAUUCUGUGCAAUAUCCAUAUGGAGUGGGCACACAGGCAUGGCACCAAAUGCCCACGUUUAGGGAUGACGACUACUAUCCUUCAUCUAGGAAGCAGCAAUACAAUAGAGGAGGAUCCCAAGGCCACGAGAAUAUGUAG